AUGUAUUCAUUGAUCAGCUAUCCAUUUUAUUUUAAGUUUUUGUUUGCACCAAUAAUUGACUUGUAUUAAUUUUAAUUCCUAGGCAAACGAAAAAGGUAAUUAUUAAAAUUAAUAGAGCAUAGCUAUAUUUUACCAAUAAAUUUGUUAUUAUCAGUAAUACUUUUAUAUUUGUCCAGAAUUGACAUUUUAACAAAUUACUACAUAUUAUGGAUUUUAGGAUUAAUUUUGUGUUUAUUUCUUGGAAUUUAAGAUAUAGCAAUAGAUGGAUUAGCAACUGAUUUAUGUAAGCAAUAAGGGGAAAGUGCUGCAUUAUUAUAAAAUAUUGGAUUUACAAUAGGAAAUUCGUUUCUUGGAAAUUUCUUAUUUAUUGCAUUGUAUUCUUCACAAAAUUGCACACUUGAGACAUUCUUUAUGAUAUUAUCAAUAGUAGGAUUAAUAUUGACUAUUUUCUUGUAUCUAAAUUUGUGUGAGAAGGAGGAAGAAGAAAAGAGAGCAACUACUUUUUAAGACUUAUUGAGUGUUAUUAAAUCAUUUUUUAAAAACGAAAAUAUGAUCACAUAUUCAUUAUUAAUAUUCUUUGAAAGGUAAAUAUAUAAUUAAUAAUUAGAACUGCAUUGUCUUCAUUAGAUGCAACAUUCAGAUUGAAAUUAAUAUAAUUUAAUAUCAACAAAACCUACAUUUCUUUUAUUGAUACAAUAAUUUUACCAUUGAAAAUAGCAACAGGAUUAAUCUAUCACUAAUAUUUUUAUAAAUAUGAUUUUAAGUAUUAUAGUUUAUUUAAAUAUAUUUAGAUAUUAUGGAAACAUUCAAUAUUUGAGAUUAAUUUCUACAUUCUUUGCUAUUAUCACUUUAUUAUUGAUUGAUAAAUUUGAAUUGGAUGGGCCAUUUAGUUAUAUUGCCAUAUUCUUUUCAAAUAUGUGUUGGUGGAUUAUGUUUAAUAUUACAUACAUUGUUAGAGUAUUGGAUAUUUAAUUUAAAUUUAAGGGUAACUUCUAAAUGAAAAUAACUACUCCUGGAGUCGAAGCCACUACUCUAACUAUACUUAAUAGCAUCAGUCAAUUAGGUGUUAAGUUGGCAUUUUCUAUAAAUUUGAUUAUGGCCAAUUAUGUAAAUUAUUAUUGGUUGUUAUGUGUUGGAUGGAUCAUCCAUUUACUCUAUUGUUUUAGAUACUCAGAAAUCUACAGAAAUUUGUACAUGUAGCCCAUUCAAAAGUGGUAUUUAAAUAAAUAAAUAAAAUAAAUUUGAUUUUAUUAAUGAACUAUCUUUUGUUAUUUCUGUACAUUUACUAAAGUUCAAUGCUUUCCAUAUUUACUUAGAUUAUGCCUAUUUUACUUGCAGAACAUGGAUUUAAUUAUGAGUAGUAAGGCCUAUUCUCCUUGGUGGCCUAUCCAUUUUUCUUCAAGAUCAUAUUUGCCCCUUUCAUAGACCUAUUUCACUUUAAGUCUUUGGGUAGAAGAAGAAGGUACAUUUUUUAAUUGAAAAUAGUUAUAUUUUACCAUGCACAAUAUUAAUGUCUUUUAAUUUGUUCUGGUAGUCUAGUCUAGAUAUUCAACAUAAUUAUCUCCUUUUUUGCUUUAUAGGAUUAUUUAAUGCAACAUUUUUAGGAAUGCAAGAUAUAGCUAUAGAUGGAUUUGCUGCAGAUCUAUGUAAAAAGAGCAAUGAAAGUUCUGCUCAUAUAUUGAAUGUAGGUUAUACUAUAGGUAGUUCAUUUUUGGCCAAUUUCAUUUUUCAUUCUCUUAAUAAAUAUUAAUUAUGCUCCUUAUCUACUUAUUUGAAAAUGAUCUCUUUAUUUGGAUUAUUGAUGGCAGCUUAUCUUUUAUUAAAAGUCAAGGAAGAACCAAAUACAUAAUUAAUAAGAAAACUUACUGGUUUCAGACAAGUCAUCAAAGGUAUAUUUGGCAAUGAGAAUUUGAUCACACUUUCCUUACUUUUAUUCUUUGAUAGAUAUGGAGUAGCACCAAUUGAAUCUACAUUUAGAAUCAAAUUGACAGAAUUGAAAUUUAAUAAGGCUUAUGUGUCAUUUAUGGAUACAGCUAUUAUUCCUUUAAAAAUAGGUGUUGGAUUUGUUUAUCAUAAAUAUUUUAGUAAAUACAACUUUGAAUAUUAUGGUUAUGUUCAAGGAUUCAGAUUAAUUUCAUGUCUCUUUGCAAUUUUGACUGUUUUUUUGGUUGAUGUUGUCAAAGUAAAUGAUACCUUAAGUUAUAUUGCAUUAUUCAUAGCAAGUACAACAUGGUGGAUAGUCUUCAAUUUGACAUUUAUUGUUAGAGUAAGUAUUUUUUGAGUAUUGAUAGGGAAACUUUUAAAUGAAGAUAACAACUCCAGGAUAUGAAGCUACAACCUUAGCUUUGAUGAAUAGUUUAGGAUCAUUGGGUGGUAAGACUGGAUUCUCUUUAUGUAUGUUCUUAACUGAAUAUGUAAAUUAUUAUUGUUUUGCAUGUUUUGCUUUGGUAGCUUAAUUGUUAUUCACUCUAAAAUCGAUUAAGUUAUACAAAAGGCUUUACAAUGUUCCAUUGGAGAAAUAUAGUAUAAUUAGAUAGAAUUUGAAAUCAGAAUGAA